ACAAAAAUGAAUUUGGCUGAGAUGUGCGAUAACGCUAAAAAAGGCAGAGAAUACGCUCUUCUUGGAAAUUAUGACUCGUCCAUGGUUUAUUACCAGGGAGUAAUUCAGCAAAUUCAAAAACACUUUCAGAAUAUUAGGGAUCCAGUGGUGAAGGUCAAGUGGCAGCAGGUGUGCCAAGAGCUGGUGGAAGAAUAUGAGCAAGUCAAGACUAUUGUAAAUACUUUAGAAUCCUUCAAAAUUGAAAAGCCGGCCGAAUUUCCUGUCGCCUUUCAAGACGAACCUGUGAAGGACCCAGCUGUCUGGCCGCCUCCUGUUCCAGCAGAGCACAGGGCUCCUCCUCAGCUCCGAAGACCUAUUAGAGAUGUAAAGAUUUUACGUAAAGAAUCUCCAGGAAACCAACCACACGGCCCUGUUGGCAGAGCCCACCCCAUAUCAAAAAAUGACAAAGCUUCAAACCGCGAAAGAGAUGUCCGAGGAAGAGCGAAGGAGGACAAGGGUCGAAAAAAUCAGCAAGAUGUGGUUGGGGAAAACGAGCUGAAGAAGUUUGAUGGCGCUGGAUAUGACAAAGAUCUUGUGGAAGCGUUAGAGCGUGACAUCAUCUCUAGGAAUCCCAAUGUCCAUUGGGAAGACAUUGCUGAUCUGGAAGAGGCAAAGAAAUUAUUACGAGAAGCUGUAGUCCUUCCUAUGUGGAUGCCAGAUUUUUUCAAGGGGAUCAGAAGACCAUGGAAAGGUGUUUUAAUGGUUGGACCACCUGGUACUGGUAAGACCAUGCUCGCUAAAGCUGUGGCUACAGAAUGUGGAACAACAUUUUUUAAUGUUUCCUCGUCAACCUUAACAUCGAAAUACAGGGGAGAGUCUGAAAAGUUGGUGCGCUUAUUAUUUGAAAUGGCACGAUUUUAUGCUCCCACUACCAUUUUUAUUGAUGAAAUUGACUCGAUCUGCAGCCGUAGAGGAACGUCAGAUGAACAUGAAGCCAGUCGAAGAGUCAAGUCAGAACUGCUCAUCCAAAUGGAUGGGGUUGGAGGCGCCCUGGAAAAUGACGAUCCUUUAAAAAUGGUUAUGGUUCUGGCUGCUACCAAUUUCCCAUGGGACAUCGAUGAGGCUUUACGGAGAAGAUUAGAAAAGAGGAUCUAUAUAGCAUUACCUACAGCUAAUGGAAGAGCUGAGCUGCUGAAAAUAAAUCUCCGAGAAGUUGAGCUGGACCCAGCGGUAAACCUGGAGGAGAUUGCAGAGAAGAUUGAGGGAUACUCUGGCGCAGACAUCACCAAUGUUUGCAGGGAUGCCUCCAUGAUGGCCAUGCGCCGACGUAUCCAGGGCUUAACACCAGAACAAAUCCGUGCUUUGUCUAAGGAUGAGCUACAGAUGCCAGUGACGAUGGCAGACUUUGAGUUGGCACUAAAGAAAAUCUCAAAGUCUGUUUCUGCUUCAGACUUGGAGAAAUAUGAGAAGUGGAUGAGUGAAUUUGGUUCUGCUUAGCAAACCUUCUCUCGUGUAUAGCAUUGGAACGUUUUCAAACUC